GAGAUAAAAAGAGGCGGUGAGCGCUGAAGCGCACAGUCGGGUAUACGCCGCAGCAUGAAGGACAGGCUGGCCGAGCUUCACCAGGAGGUGGUGGACAAGCUGGAAGACCAAGUCAGAUCAACCCAAUGGUACGAUGUGCCCGUCAAGAAAUCAUCAUUCAAACACACGGACGAAAGGCCACUGCUCGAAAAGUCAAAAAGUAUCACACAGAAAUUUUUAAGAAAGGAGGAUAACAAAAGCUCGGUCAAAAAUGCGAAAACAGACAGGUUUUUGGCUAACCUUCAAGCCAAGAUGCAAAUCAUAAAAUCAGAAGUGUCGACAAUACAAUGUAAUACGAAGGAAAUCACAGCAUUACAUACCAAAGCUCUUAUGGUCCCACGCUUAGCUCCAGAAGAAGAAAUGAGGAUAAAAGAACUGGAGCAAAAAACGCGAGAGGCAAAUGGACGCAUUACAAAACUCAUGGCAGAAGUGGAAUCAAUGAAUGUUCCAGACUCAGCCCCGAUUCAAAGAAUCCACUCGGUGCAGCUUUCCCAGGGGUACAAGUCAAUUGAACAGGCCAUGGGGAGGUACGAGGCGGAGCUGCGACGCUAUGCAAAGGCCCUACACCAGCAAGUGGCGCAGCAGAUGGCGAUAGCCAAUGGUGGCCGGUGUGACUCAGGAGUCGUGGACGCCUACAUUGAAAAUGGAAAACUCGGAAUGUUUGUCGAUAACUACUUGACGACGGAACAAGAGGCGAGGACGAUGCUGCAGGAUGUGCAAGACCGGCAUAAGGAGCUCCUGGCUCUGGAGAAGUCCAUCGUGGAGGUGCAGGAGCUCUUCGUCUGCAUCCACCAACUCACCGAGCACCAGGGCGACAUGAUCGACAGCAUCGAGGCCCACGUGGAGGCCGCCAACGCCAAGGUGGCGGACGGCAGCAAGAAUCUCAAGUCAGCCAAGAAGAAGCAGAAGUCUGCUCGAAAGAAAAAAGUUAUUUUAAGUGCAGUGGGUGCAGCUGUUGCCACUGGACUUAUUGCUACACUUAUAUUAGUUUGAUAGUUCCGAGCUGUCUGUAAAUUUUACCUGAUAGUCCGUCCACAGAACACGUUAUUCAGUUGAAAGAAACGAGAGAGAAACGAUUCACAAGAAUAUUGUAAAUAAAUUUAUUUUGGUGA